AACUGCAAACAUCCUUCGAGAAACAGACACCGGGACGCUCGAGCACACUGGGACGAUUUCUGGGUUGUUCUGCUUCUUGUUUUAUUUUAUUUUUACAUUUUCUGCAACAAACACUGGGCCAUCAUUAACAUCAUGAAGGAAAGGAGAAAUACACAGCCGCUGGUGGUGAGAUGUAAACUGGUUCUUGUGGGAGACGUUCAAUGCGGAAAAACGGCGAUGUUGCAAGUCCUGGCGAAGGAUUGCUAUCCAGAGACCUACGUGCCCACGGUAUUUGAAAACUACACCGCCUGUCUGGAGCUGGAGGAGCAGCGAGUGGAGCUAAGUCUGUGGGACACUUCAGGUUCUCCAUACUACGAUAAUGUAAGGCCCCUGUGCUACAGUGACUCAGAUGCAGUUUUGCUGUGUUUUGACAUCAGCCGUCCUGACACUGUGGACAGCAGUCUGAAGAAGUGGAAAACUGAGAUCCUGGAUUUCUGUCCAAGCACACGGAUCCUGCUCAUUGGCUGUAAGACCGACCUGCGCACAGAUGUCUGCACGCUGAUGGAGCUGUCCAAUCAGAAACAGACUCCUAUCACCUAUGAGCAGGGUUCUGCUAUGGCCAAGCAGCUGGGUGCAGAGGCCUACCUGGAGUGUUCAGCGUUUACCUCGGAGAAAAGCAUCCACAGUGUGUUCCGCAUGGCAGCGAUGGCCUGCAUCAACAAGCUGCAGCCUCUCCCGAAGCCCAGCCCCACCCGCCGCCUCUCCAAAAGACUUCUCCACCUGCCCAGCAAGUCUGAUUUGCUUUCCUCCACCUUCAAGAAAGAGAAGGCCAAGAGUUGCUCGGUCAUGUGAGUGGAGACCUCUUGGGUUACAGUCCUCACAUGCAACUCCCAGCCCCUGCCUCUUUGGUCUCGGGGAAGGGGGGGUGGGCAUGAUGGUUUUAUCAGGGCUUCCUGCUGAAUCCUUCCCUCACCCCCCCAGAAACCAAACACCCCUCAGAAGAGGUGGACACUUCGCUGUCCACUUGCUCCUGAACCUUUUAGCGCACACACAUCUUUUUCCACUACUGUUUAUCUUGCUUUCGAACAAACAUCAGUCAAGGUUUGAUCAUCAAGCUAUCGUUUUUUUGCAGUAUGCAACUACAAUGGUGUUACAUCUGUCUGAUUUUACUAUCUCUAGGCACAUGUUGAUUUUGUCCAAAUUGGAAAUGUGCAACAUGUGACGAUUUAUCUUGUGAUGUAAAAGCCUCUGAGACAAUUCAAUUGGUAUAAGUACAAACACAAUUUUAGCAUGAAACUGUCAGGAAUUAGCAACAUCCUGUACAUCCCUCUUAGUAAGGUGUGUGAGGUGUGAAAUAGCUUAUCGCUGGUGUCCCCAUUUAGGCCUUUGAAAGCACAGAGAGUAAAAGGAGUAUUGGGACAAACCACAAUGAAGAGCUAUUACAUAUAUAGAGCUGUUCUCAUUGUCUCAUUGGUGAUAAGAGCAGGGAUAAGAGCUGUGAGUGCAGGCUGCUGCGCAGACAGCAGUCUAGACUAAUUCAACCUGCAUGGAUUGUUGAUGCAUGGUUGUGUAGCUCUGGACAGCGCUGCUCCACAGGUUUCAGUGGAGAAGCCUGAAGAGGCUCUGUGUGUACAAAUUGACAAAAAUGUGUAAAAAGUGUACUUGGGCUUCCGAUGUCUCUCCUGUCACGGCUGGAGUCUAUUUUAAAAUACUAUUUUGGUGACGGGACAUACACAUUUUAAUGGAUGAGAAAAGAUGCUUUUAUAUAAAAAGCAUGACAGUUCGAUGCCGAGCUGUCGAGUGUUAUUUAUUAAGCUGUGGCUGGUUAUUGUUGCCAGUCUAAGUGUUAUGUGGCAUAUUUAAAAGCAUAGGGAUAAUGCCUACCUAAGUCAAACUGACUACUAAUGGAAAAAAUCUGGUUUGCAAUUUCAAAUAUUCUUCAGAAAAGAUUUGUAGCAUUGCGUUCUUCACAGUUUUUCAACAAUUCUCAAAUGGUAUGCAGUUUUGAAAAAUGCCUUUCAUAUCAUUUUCCCGGAAGUCAUUGAGAUUUUUUGACUACUGUAAUAUGCCUGUGGAUUUCUCUCAUUUGCAACAAUCCAAUGUAGCACCCCCAACCUGACUCUACUCUUCCAAGGUGACUCUAGUUUUUGUGUUGUACACUCUUGUUAUAAUCUGCCUCCAAUUAGCAGCACUUACUGUAGGUUACAAUGACUACGAAGCAAAAAUGACACCCUUUCGGAGCUUAAAUCUUUGGCUUAAUGGUUAUGUGUGUGUGCAGCAUUGAUCUCUGUGCUUCUAACCAUAAAGCAAUAAUGAUUUAAGUGCUUGUGAUACAAGGUAACCUGUGCGGCAACAAAAAUGCAGCUUUGUGAUUACUGUCAUGCUAUAAGCACUCCAUGGACAUCCUUGUUAUGGACUGAAACCAUCUCUGCUGUACAAAGAGGCUGCUGAUCUGUGUUUGGCUCUCCUCCUCCGUGUAAGUAGCCACUGGUAUAUAGAAUAACCAAUGACGAUGUCCUGAUAUGAAAUAGAUAGUUCAUGAUCAAGAGUGAACAACGCUCUUUGAGUUGGAGAUGUUAGACUUUGGUGUCAAUUUUACAUAAUCAUAAUAAGAAAGUUUUGUGGCAGUAGGACUUAACUAAGCUGCUGUGUGAGUGGGUUGACUGUGCAGUAUAUGCUUUUAAAAUUGGAAAUCUACUUCAAAAGUUUAACAAUCAUCUUGUAAAAAGGGCUAGUGUGUGGAAUAAAAGGAAAUCCUGUGAGGACAGCAAGUAAUUAAAAUGCACAGGCUGGCCCUGUCCAAAGAAUGCUAUUUUUCCAUUAUUUGUUUAUUUGGUUGUAUUUUCUUUUUUCCUUUUUUGGUAUUCAAACGCAUGAUGUGAGUCCCGGUGUUUUGGAAAUAUCUCUCUGAGAUGGUUGUAGCGUCUUUAUGGAGCUGUGGACUGCCCCCAUUCGUCGGAGGAACUUAAAGGGGUGAAUUGCACAAAGGCUUCCAGUUCAUGUUCACGCACCAAAUUCCUAAGCAUUGCCUAGCAACAAUUCAGCAUAUGAAACAGAGACCAGCUCUUGGGUUGGUUGUGUGGACAGAGAGGGUUGGCUCACAAGCAGACAUCCCAACAUCGAUUAUUACAGCGUCAGUUAUGCAUUUAUUGCCAGACCUGUUAAAAAAAACAAAAAAAACAUUUCUUGAUAUUUUUUAGGGAGCUGAUGCCAGGUCUUCUGAUGAUGGGAUAGAUGGGUGGCUCACAGACCAUGGCAGUUACAGUAAUAUGCAGCCUUUGUGUUGUAGUCAGUGUUUGGUACAAUGGUGCAGUCAAACUCCUAAGCAUGUUCUAUUAAAGUUGUAUGAUUGUACAUACUGUCUCUUGUUUUAUAAUCAUUGUAAGAAAUCUUCAAAGAUAGCCCAUGAAAAUAUUGUUGUUGAUGUGAAUAUUUAUUUGGUAGCUAUUUUUGCCUUUUUUUAUUGACAUGUUUGUUUAAAAUCUAUUUUGGAAAAUUGACUUUUAGUUUUUUGUUUUUGCUGUGUUAAAUAAAGCUUGCCGUGUCUGGCACCCUUGAA